AUGGCGGAUAGCGAGGACGACGAAAGUUUAGCGGGUUUGACGCAGAACACGUUUCUGAAGGCACCUUUAGAGCCUUGUUUCGACCUGUUCAGUGGAUUAUUGGAGGGCGAUUGUAAUGUUGGUGAUGGUAGUAAUAAUACCUCGAAUGAUACAAUAACAUAUUAUGAUCAUAUUUUAACGGCGGAGAAAGAAUUAAAUGAAGCCUUAAAAUGCCGCUACUCUGAAAAUAGGCGAAAAAUAUCGCUAGUUACAGACAAGGAAGUUGAGUUGAUUAAGGAAAGUCGAAUUCCAAAUAACACGAAACACAACACUAGUUGGUCUGUCGGCGUUUGGCAGGAUUGGGCAAAAGGAAGAAACGCGAGAGUAAUAGAACUAGGCGUUGUCGACAAGGUAGUCAUGUCAGAUAUUUUAAAAGUGCCUGAAGAAGAACUUAACUAUUGGUUAGCUAAGUUUGUGGUCGAG